GAACUGUACCGUAGUUCACCUCGGCCUCGGUUCGCCAUGGGGUGCCUCUCACCUCUCUUAUGAACCGUGACUUCUUGCCGUGCAGCCUACUCUACUUAAUUGUCGUGGGCAUCGCGACACCCAGACCCCACCUCGUCGUGCCCACUCACUCCCCUGACACUCCCCUUCGCCUCUCUGCUGCCUGCGCCCACCUCAGCCCAUACAUCCACAUCCACACCUCAGCCCGCCCCAGACUGUGGCAACCAAGUGCGUCUGUGACCUACUUGUCUAAAUAAAUAUCACCGUCUUCUUCUCCCUUCGACAAGCCUUACCAGAACCGCUUUCAACUACGACUAUCCAUAUGAUCAUGGCAACCUUUCGCGAAGAAGCCGCCAUGUCGGACCACCCGAAUGUCCAUAUGCGCAACCAACACGAGUACACCUACCGUUUACCCGCGCCGCCUCGGAUCGCUGUACCCCCGCCCACGCUUGUCUCCGACAUGCCGGGCCUAGUACUAAGCGAUAGCUCCGGUGAAGAGUUGGACAUGACCUUUCUGAAAGAGCUAGACCUUGAGCAUAUAGUACAUAAGAAUUCACUGCUCGAAUGGGCAUACGAACGGCGGAGACAGGCCCAGAUGAUCUUGCCCUGGCUGUAUCUUGGACCCAUGAUGGCAGCCAAGGACAAGGCCUUCCUCGAGCGCGAAGGCAUCACCAUGGCCCUGGCCGUUCGUGCGCAACCUAACAGUCUGGUGGGCGCAAUGCAAGCGGCUAGCGAAGUCUGCCUUGAAGUGGGCAGUAUCGAGGCCCUUACCUUUUACGCUCUUACACCCAAAUUCCCUGAGGCGACUAGGAUGAUCAACACACACGUGGCAAAAGUUCGACAGCACACAUUACAAACCAAGGGCGAAGCCACGCUCGGCAAAGUCCUUGUCUUCUGCGAGUCCGGCAACGAGAAGUCAGCAGCAGUCGUAGCCGCUUACCUAAUGGAGACACUAAACGACUUCAACCACGUCAGAGCCAUGCAAAUCUGUCAGGCACAACGCUUCUGCUCUAACUUUGAUGAUACACUCAAAAACAUAUUACGCUCGUAUUGGGAUAUCGUUGGAGCACGACGUGCUAUCGCCGCCUCGCAAUAUCAAACACCACAUCGAAAUGUCCAGAGCAACGGCCAUCCACAGCCCGACUCACUAUCACCUACACUGUCAUCGUCGAAGCCCAAGCGAUCACUGGAGGAAAUGCGAGACGAAGAUGCUGACAUGGAUAGUGACGUAGAAGCAUCAGACGCACUUCGCUUUGCCGAUCGCGAUGUGACCCCUUUCCAGGACCGCUAGCUAGCUAACAUGUCCCUAGGCGUCUGGUGGGUUCUUGAGGUCUCUCUUUGUUUAGGUGUCGUUUCUUUAAGCAUUAUACCCAGCAUGAUACAGGGCGUUUGGCGGUUGGUGUUGGGACUGGACAAGUUUGUCAUGGUUUAUGAGAAUCAAUCAGCGCAUGUUACACGAGCAGGCAUGUGAUAGACUCCUGUCUUAAGAAUAGCGUACGGAACACCUCAGAGUAGGAAUUGGUUGUUGGUUUUACUUUAUGAAAACGUUCAAACAUGAU